AGAAAAUAGAAGUUACCCAAAAACUUGUCUUGAGAAACUGCGAGCUGUCCUCACUCGCUAUACCUACCUUUCUGCUGUUUUGCAGUUGCACUAGGCGGGUACUCAAAACUACACAAACAUCAAAUUUAAAACACCCUUCAACCCAAAAAAAAAAAAAAAAUUGCCUACUAAAAAAUUUGAAAAAUGGAAAACAAUAUCCCGGAAAAUCUUGAGGGGUAUUACGGCGGCGGAAGUGGCGACGCCGGCGGUAGCGUCGGCGGAGACGACGAGGAAGCGUUGAUGCUGGAAGAUGGAAGUGGAAGCAGUGAUAGAAAGAAAACAGCAGACCGUGUAAAAGGACCGUGGUCACCUGAAGAAGAUGCUAUACUUAGUCGUUUAGUAAGUAAUUUUGGGGCGAGGAAUUGGAGUUUGAUCGCCCGAGGAAUUCCCGGUAGAUCGGGUAAAUCGUGUCGCUUAAGAUGGUGUAAUCAGCUUGACCCUGCUGUUAAACGCAAACCCUUCUCCGAUGAAGAAGAUCGGAUUAUCCUUCAGGCCCAUGCUGUUCAUGGGAACAAAUGGGCAUCAAUUGCAAGACUUUUGCCAGGUAGAACAGAUAAUGCCAUUAAAAAUCAUUGGAAUUCAACCUUGAGGCGCCGCUGUGCCGAACUUGGUAAGUUAAGAAGUGACUCCAGCAAUGUUCCAGAAGAUGUUAGUGCAGAAAAAUCAAAAGUAUCCUCUGAGGAAACCCAAUCAUGCGGUGAUGUGAAUUCUUCGAAAGCUAUAGAAGGAAAAGAUGUUAGCUCUCAGGAAAACCAAGAAGAUAAUCACUAUGAGGAUAAGAGUCACGAAGAAGUUCAACGGAGUGAUGUAGCAAAUGAUCCUCCUACUCUCUUCCGUCCUGUGGCUCGUAUAAGUGCUUUUAGCGCAUAUGGUUCUUUGAACGCCCCAGAAACCCUAGUGCAAACUCCACGACUAACUCCUAUCCAAUCGCCAGAUCUUGGGAUAAGCAAAUUGCUUGAAGGAGCUUUCAGUGACAGAUUAGUGCCUCACCAGUGCGGCCAUGGCUGUUGUGGCAAUGCUAGUCUGGAAAAUAAUGGAAGUUCUCUGUUGGGACCUGAGUUUGUUGAUUACGCGGACGCUCCAUCCUUCUCAAGCCAUGAGUUGGCCACAUUAGCCACAGAGAUAAGUAAUGUUGCUUGGUUUAAAAGUGGAUUGGAAAACAGCAGCAUCGAGGUUAUAUUCAAUCCAGCAACCAGGGGAACGUGUGGUACCUCUCACUUGCCAAGCAGACCAUUCUAAUCUUUCAAAUAAAUAACCAUAUAAAUUUAAUUUUUGAAAUGAUGAUGGAUCUAGUGUCGGCGACUAGUAGGGACAGCUACCGUGAAUAUAAAAGAUUUUGAGGCGGAGUUGAUUUAAGUGAAUGCUUAUGAAGUAUAGGAUAAAGAGAAGAAGCUGGGUACCUGAUUUAGUUAGUUUAUAUACUGAACUCUGGUUGAAAAGGGUGUAUAUGAUUUAUUUUCCCUUAGGCCUUCAUUUAUGAGAGGUGUUGAAGAAUUUUUCUUAACCUAGUUAGAUGAAUCCAAUUUUAUGAUUUGAAACUAAUAUGUUGUAAUUUAACAACAAUGAUGAUUUUUAAAGAGAGUGGUUCCUUGUUCCCUUAACUUAUCGUCCUCAAAAAUUGUAUCAGUAAUGAGGUAUUAGCCCAGUUGGGAUGGCACAAGUAAAGAGA